AUGGCUAGAGGAAAGAUAGCAACGUCACUGGUAACUAACGACCGGGCAAAAUGGACGAAGUCCAUUAGAGCAUUGCCAUCAAACGCAGAAAGUAACGAUUAUUUGAAACCAGAUUAUAUUGAUGUGAACUUGAACAAUUCGAGGAAGCUUAUCGCCAAUCUAAACCAAUUGGCCGCUAAUUCAUCAGAAAAUGUGGAACUCAUAGAAGAGAUGAAUGAACGAUUAUUGAUUCUAAAUGCUAUACAGAAUAACUUUCUGUGGUUACAAGAUUGA